AAUACUAUAUAAAACUUUAUUCUUCACUAGAAAUGGGAAGAUUGGGUACAUUUCUGGUGGUUAUCUCAGGUGUGAUCACAAUAAUAAUCGGUCUCAUAUUCAUCGAGGGGACAGUCCGUUUAUAUAGGAGCUGGCCAUUAAAGUCCUAUUGUAUAGCCGUCGCUACUAUCGCAGUCUUCCCGAUCGCUUCUCUAUGUUUUUUGUUGUCAAUACUGAUGCCGAGGGCUCACGACGUGAACACGACGACCGCCACUCUAUACCAACCGUUAAGUUUAGUACUGUUUUACAAACUAGUGAUCAGUUAUUUCGGACGCGAAGAGGCAUUGAAGCAAACACUGGACGGACAGCUCAUGCCGUUAAAAGGACCGCCUUUUUAUGCCCUCUGCAUCUGUCUUCCCACCACUUACAUGAAUACGAAGUUAUAUUACCUGAUGAAGGCCUGUAUCUAUCAAUUAUUUAUGGCGCCCUGUUUUCUAUACUUUGCGAUGGGGGUGGCCAGUAAGACAGGGGUCUAUGUCGCCGGUCAGUUUUCAUUUGAAAACGCGGCCAUUUAUAUCCUGGUGUUGGGCGGCCUGUCCUUUUGCAUCGGCAUCUACUCCCUGGAGAUCUACUAUAAGAUGACCCAGACACUGUUACCUGGCUUCUACAUUCGCAGCAAAUACUAUAUUUUGCAAAUGUAUUUCGUUAUAACGAGAUUUCAUGUACUCAUAUUUGACGCGUUGGGCACCAAUGGAUACCUGCCCUGUCGGCCACCCAUCUCAUCAUUCGUCUACGGACUCUAUCUGCGAAACUCGUUACUGCUAUUUGAAUCGCUACUGUUGGCACUGUUAGCCAGGUAUAUAUUUCUGAGAUUAGCGCCAAACCGACGAUUAGACAACUAUUGCGAAUCGAUGGCCGACUCUAUCACAUGACAAUCAAUCGCACGCAACGAUUACGGCACUACUGGCCCCCAAAAUACCAGUGCCGUUAGCGUCCUUAUAGUCGGCGAUGGUGUGGACAAUGGGA